AUGCAAUCUCAAUUAGUUCUUUUAUUAUUAGCACUGUCAAUGAUCUUAGUCAGUGCAAAAACUAUUCGAUCCGUAGAUGGUGAAAAUGAUAUGAGUGAAGAACAACAACCUGAAAUGUUUCAAUCAAAUCAUAAAUUUAAUCAUCCCCAGAUUUAUGAAGAAAUGUUAACGAGAUUCUUAAAAAAUCGAGCCAAUAAUCAAGAAUAUAAUCCAUAUGAAACAAUUGCUAAACGAGCAAAAGCUAUUAUCAAAGGUGAUCCGAGAGAAUUUAUGGGUUAA